AUGUGCCAUAUCCUGUGUUUCCUGACGGGCGCUGGGCUGGCGACCUACCUCGCGCGCCGCCGGCGGGACCCCCUGUACGAGGACGGGGAGGAUGUAUAUUACGGCGAUCGGAUGCGCGAGAGGGAGAGGAACGCUACCGGCAACCCUGGCAACCCCGGUACCGGUACCGGUGAUAUUCGCGGUAUCGAGCACGUCGGCCGCAAGCAGCAGCAGCAGCAGCAAGAACGGGACUUGCGACAAGAUUCAAGAGCGCGAGGCACUGGAACCGGAGAGCGCGGUGGAGGUGCAUUUCGUCGAUCGGUGCGUAAGCUCUCUAAAGUGACGGAACCGCUAGUUGAGUUCUUCGAGAAUGUGGGCGAUGCGCUUGACGGAGCUGCACGCGAGCGACAAGCGCGUCGCACCACCGCUACCACUGCUGCUGAAGCACCCCAACCCCAACCCCAAUUCCAGGCCAUGGCUGAGAAAUCGCCGUUACCUGAGGCGGGGGGGGGCGGGCGAGCGGGCUCAUACUCCUCGUACUCGUACUCGUACGUAGUCCGCCCGUUGGCUGUUCAACCGGGAUGCCCGACGCUUUGA